AUGAUAAAAAAAUUGAGUUUAACAUUUAAUUCAUUAGAAAUGGAAUAUGCCUAUCGGUAAUGGUCAUAUUAAACUAACCAUUCUCGAAUUCAACUAUAUUUCUGUUUUAUAGGAGGCUAUUUGAUUGUGAUGAUAAUAAAAUUUAAUAGUACAAAUUCAUUGCUUCCCUUAAUCAUUUCAUGUAUAACUUUGUGUAUAGAACUUACUCUUCUUUUCUUUAUCAGAAAGUAUAAAGAAAAAGUUGAAGUAAUAAUGACAGUGAAUCAAAUACUAUUAUCUGUAAUUUGCGAAUUUUAUCGAAUAUUUGCACAGAAAACCAAUCUAUGGUAUUAAGGUUAUAGUCUUGCUUGUAUGAAAUUAAGUAAGUAUUUGAUGAUAAUAUAGUUAUUUAUGCUAGAGGAAAUAAAUUUAUUGUUUAAUCGGGUUUAUAAGUUAUGUGUCAGUGCUGUUCAUUUAUUUUUAUGGAAGAAAAAGAUAUCUAUUAAUUAGUGGCACAUAAUCUUUUAACUCUGCUAUUGAUGAUAUUUAGAUAUUAAAUUGAAUCUAUAAAUCGAAAAUAUUUUAUUGCCAGUCAAUCUUAAUCUUAAUAUGAAAAUUUAAUUUAAGAUCUGCUUCCAUCUUGGGUAGUGAUUGUGAAAUAUGAUAAAAUGUAGGGGUAAUUAAGUUUGGAUAAAAUAAACAGAAAUAUGCAGAAUAAAUUCGAUAUUAAAGAUGAUAAAUGCUUUAGAGAAUUCUUAAGAAAUUUAAAAGUACUGCCUUAUGAAUUUGAAAGAAACAAUUUAUAAUUCAUCAAACUAGAACAUACACUCAUUCGAUAAUUCCAAAAUAAAACAGAAGAUCAUUAAGUAGAAAGAUAUCAUGCCUUUAUGGGCAAAAAGGAUAACAAGACAAAAUAAUAGAAAUUUAAGAUUACAUAGGUAUUUUUUAAAACUUUUGAACCUUCAAUCAUUCUUGUUUUUGAAGAAAUCAAAGAGGAUAAAUAUGAUUAACUUUUAUAUUAAGUAGAAUAGAGAGAUAAUUCUGCAUGUACUAACGCAAGAAUAUCACUUACAAUAUUAACAAAAUAAAUUUAAUUAUUAAAAUAUAUUAAGAAUUUGAUUCCUCAGUGGUUUAAUGGAAAAUAAUAGGAAUUUAAAAAUCAUUUGACUUUAAACAUUAUGAAUUAAAUUCAAUAUGGUUAUAUUAUGUUUAAUUUGAAUUUUGAUGUUUUAAAUCUUUUUAAAAUAUCUCAUAGAUAGCUCAAAUUUGAAAUUAAUGAAAUUUAACCUAAAAUAUUGAUGGAAUAACUCUGUGAAGAUUUAUAACUAUUUAAGAAAACUACGAAUAAAUAUAUGAAAUCUGAUGUCUACUCUAAAACUAUUAAUACAGAUAGAGCUAAAUUGAUAUCCAUCAUUAUUAAUAUCGUCGAGUUUUGUAAAAUUUUACUUUCUAUAAUUUAUACAGAUGAUAAAAUUUUGGGUUAAGCUCUUCCGUUAGGAUCCCAAAUCUAGAUUCGUCUUAAAUAAUCUAAAUAAUAAAAUAAAUGCAUAAAAUUUAGUAUAACACACCCUAAAUUAUUUAUUUCGUCAUACAUUAGGGAUUUAUUUGGAAAUAUUGAAACUUCUAUCGAUCAUAAAAAAAGAAACUGGAGUUCUAAAAACUAUUUUGAAAUGAUUAAUUAACUUAAUACUACAUUUUAUUAGAUGUAUGAAUAUUACAAAAAAGAACAAAAAUCUACAGGUUUGAUAGAGAAUGAAUUUCAUAAUUUAUUCUAGAACUAAAAAUCUAAUUUAAAUUUAAGUGAAGAAUCAAAGGGUAAUAUUCUCCAAAAUAAUUCUCAACCUUAAUUUUAAUUCAAUGUUUUAGGUUUUCCCAUGGCUCAAUAUUUAAUUAGUUAAUUAGGCCCUUGGAAUAAAAUAAGAUUCAAGAAUCGAUACUAGAAUUUUAUUUAAAAUUCUUCUUAACUAGAUGUAAAUAGUUAAUAGACUAAAUUAUAAUUUUUAGUUUAUUAAGACUUAAAUGAUUUUAUUUAUGAGCUAAAUCAUGAUGAAAAACCAAUUUAAGAAAUUUUUUAGAAAAAGAAGCUAAGUAAUCAUGAUAUUAGCUAAAAAUUUUAUUACGCUUAGUUGGCAUCUUCUCCUAGAAAAUAUGUAUGA